CCCCGGCUGGGCCGUGGCGCCGGAAGCCCCUCGGGACUUGAAGCAGAGCUGGGUCGGGGGGUAAGACGAACGUGACGUCACGCCCCGGGGGCGGGCCUGCGCUGUGCCACGCCCAUGCGCGAAGGGGUGCGGCUGCGCAGGCGAGUGGGUUGCCGAGGGGCCCCUCCCCUUCGCUCUGUACCCCGGCGGGUGGGGACCGAGGGAACCGCGGAUCACCCCGAGGCCAGAGCGGUGCCAGGACCCUGCUCCGCGUCUGCACCGCCAGGUAGGUGGAUGUAAGAGGCCCAGUCUCGGUUCUCCGGAGGCCAUUCCAUCGCCGCCGGCACCAUGCUGUCCCCUCAGAGAGCAUUACUCUGCAACCUCAACCACAUCCACCUCCAACACGUCUCCCUCGGCCUGCACUUGUCCCGGCGUCCCGAGCUGCGGGAGGGGCCCCUGAGCACGCCGCCGCCGCCGCCGCCGCCCCCGGGAGACACGGGCGGCAAGGAGGGCAGGGGGCCCUGCAGCGGGACCCUGGUGGACGCCAACUCCAACAGUCCAGCUGUCCCCUGCCGAUGCUGCCAGGACCACGGGCAAAGCCUAGAAAACCGGCCGGACCCUUCACCGGAGGAGGAAGGGGCUGCUUCCCCCUCGGACCCCGGCUGCUCCUCCUCUCUCAGUUCCUGUUCAGAUCUCAGCCCCGACGAGUCCCCCAUCUCCGUGUACUCCCGGGACCUGCCCGGCGAUGACACCCGCCCUCAGCCCGGCGGCACCCCGCCGGCGCAGGGCUCCCCGCGGGCCCCGGCGGGCCCCGGCACUUGCUCCCCGGACAGCUUCUGCUGUUCUCCGGAUUCGUGCUCGGGGGCCUCCUCUCCACCAGGCCCGGGCUUGGACUCGAACCGCAACGCCCUGAGCACCUGCCACGACCUUCCUACCCCGAGCCUGGAGGAGGAAGAGGAGGAAGAGGAGGAGGGUGGGGAGCAGGAUCUCCCGACCUCCGAGCUCUCCGAGGCAGAGGACGGGAAAAUCGACGCUGGGAGAACGGAGCCCAGUUGGAAAAUUAACCCCAUUUGGAAAAUCGACACGGAAAAGCCGGGAGCAGGGUGGAAAAGCUCCGAGAAUACCAACUCCGGUUGGAAAAUCAACGAGAACGCCAACUCCAGCGUUCGGAAAACCGAAGCCGGGAAGUGCGAUUCCCGCCGGAACGCCGACCCGGGAACAGCGGACGCGGCGGGCUCGGAGGCCGAGGCGCGGGGGAGCGACGGGGGGUGGCGGGGUGACGUCAGCGGGCAGCCGGCGCCCCCCCACCGGACCAUCACGUCCUUCCACGAACUGGCCCAGAAGCGCAAGCGGGGCCCGGGGCUGCCCCUCGUGCCGCAGGCGAAGAAAGACCGCAGCGACUGGCUCAUCGUCUUCUCCCCGGACACCGAGCUACCCCCGGCCGGGUCGCUGGGCGGGUCCCCGGCCGCGCCCCGGGAAGUCACCACCUUCAAGGAACUCCGCUCCCGCAGCCGGGCCCCGCCCCCGCCGGUCCCGCCCCGAGACCCUCCCGCCGGGUGGGCCUUGGUCCCGCCCCGGCCCCCGCCUCCGCCCGUGCCUCCUCGGAGGAAGAAGAACCGCCUCGGGCUGCAGCCCAUCGCGGAGGGGCCGCUCGAGGAGGGCAGGGCGGCCAGCCCCGCGGCGGGCGAGGAAGCCCCGGGGGCCGCCGGGGAGCCGCGGGAGGCCGUCCAUCCAGCCCGCGGCGAGGCGGGUCCCCUCUGCCUCCCUCGGCCCCCGGUUUUCCGGUUCUCGGCCGACGGGCGCCCCCUGUCGGAGGGUGGAGGCGCGGGCGCAGCUGGGUCCCUGCUACUGGCGCGGCUGGCCGGCUGGCCCCGCGCCGGGCUGCGGCUGCUGGGGGAGCCAAGUCCCCCCGAGGAGCAGCAGUCGCUGCCCGUCCGCCUUUCCCCCGUGGGAGCCUAUUCGCCUCCUACGCGGGGGGCCCUGCCCUGCCUGGCCAGCCCUGAGCUGGCCCUGCUGCUGUCCCCGCUCUUUCCCAGAAGUAGCACCUUUCCCGCCGCGACUUCCCCACCCCGCCAGGUGCCCGCCCCCCCGCUGCCACCACCACCACCUCGUCCGCCGAAGGCCACUCGCCGGACCCGGAGCCCGCCGUCUCCGCCCAGGCUACUUCGUAGCUCCUGGUCUUUCGGUGGUGUUCCCGGGGCCCAGCGGCUGUGGAUGGCAGAAGCCCGGAGUGGGACUGGCCAGCUGCAAGAGCAGAAAAAAGGUCUCCUGAUAGCCGUCAGUGCUUCCGUGGAUAAAAUCAUCUCACACUUCGGAACUGCCCGGAACUUGGUUCAGAAGGCCCAGUUGGGGGAUAGCCGGCUGAGCCCCGAUGUGGGGCACUUGGUGCUGACAACCCUCUGCCCGGCUCUCCACGCCCUGGUGGCAGAUGGAUUGAAGCCUUUCCGGAAAGAUCUUAUCACGGGACAGCGUCGGAGCAGCCCCUGGAGCGUGGUGGAGGCCUCUGUGAAGCCCGGCACCAGCAGCCGUUCCCUGGGAUCCCUGUAUAGCCAGGUCAGCCGCCUGGCCCAGCUGAGCAGCAGCCGCAGUCGCUUCCAUGCCUUCAUCCUUGGCCUCCUCAACACCAAGCAGUUGGAGCUGUGGUUUUCCAGUCUCCAGGAAGAUGCAGGCCUUCUGUCCCUCCUGUAUCUGCCCACAGGAUUCUUCUCCUUGGCAAGGGGAGGCUGCCCAUCCUUGUCAACAGAGUUGUUACUCCUGCUGCAGCCCUUGUCAGUGCUCACCUUCCAUCUGGACCUGCUCUUUGAGCAUCACCACCACCUGCCCCUGGGCCCGUCCCAGGCCCCUGCCCCUCCAGGCCCUCCUCCAGCCCUGCAGCAGACUGUGCAGGCCAUGUUGCACUGGGGGGGCCGGCUGGCCCAGAGUUUCCGGGGGUCUGCUGGGGAGGCUGCUCCUGACCCUGCAGCUGCCUCAAGUGCUAUCACAUCAGGCAGCUGGUGGGAGCAGUUGACACAGGCCUCUCGGGUCUAUGCCUCAGGGGGGACGGAGGGCUGCCCUCUUCCCCGGUGGGGGGGACCCAGGCAUCAUGACACUGUAGCAGAGUGUGCACAGGAGAGACCCCUGCCGGCAGAGCAAGCAGCACCAGGCAGAGGCAUGUGGCUCGGGAGACUCUUUGGUGUGCCUGGAGGCCCCACAGAAACUGAGAGUGGAGCCUUUAAAUCCAGGAGACCGUCUAGCUGGCUGCCCCCCACAGUGAGUGUACUGGCUCUGGUAAAGCGAGGGACACCUCCUGAAGCUCCUCCUGAGGGGCUUGUGGCCUCCACAGAGAGUACGGUGCAGGCCCACAGGACGGUUCGGGCUCUCUGUGACCACACGGCUGCAGGACCUGACCAGCUGAGCUUCCGGCGAGGGGAAGUGAUGCGUGUGAUUGCCACAGUGGAUGAGGACUGGCUCCGCUGCGGGCGGGAUGGCGUGGAGGGGCUGGUGCCAGUGGGAUACACCUCUCUUGUUCUCUAGGCCCAGAAUCCUUUCCAUUCCUGUGUGUUUCCCUUCUGUUAGCUGGGAAUGGAAUGGCCCAUGAACACAUGUAUGUAAAUUAACCAUCCCAGAAGUAUUUUUUCCUGUCUGCAAAAUGGUAUUUCCUUCCACAUUUACUUCUAAUAUUUAAAUUUUCCUUCCAUAUCAAUCUGUAAGGUCAAAUUUACUCUUCCAGAUAUAUAUAAAGGAAUUCCCCUCUAUACCCCCCUCUCCUUUUUCCCAUCUGUGUAUCUGCAAACUAGGAUCUAGCCCUCCUCUCUCUUCUUCAUCCCUAAGUGGCCAGUGCCAGUACAGUAUAUGCCUUGGCCCCCAAGCCUAGAAGGGCCUGUAGUCUCUUUUCUCUGUAGAGACCUCCCCAUUCUAUCCAUCCUUUGUUGCCUGUACUUACGAUGUAAUGCUGUGCUAGGUGCUGAAUUCUUUAAGCCUCAACACCCCUGGUGGGUGGGCCUAUGGUGUUGGUCUGACUCUCCUCUGUCCCAAUAAAAUAUGGGAGUUG